CGCAAAGUCUCACUGGGGCAUUAUAAAAAACAGUUUAAGAAUUCAGUUUGAGUUAAACUUAUAGUGUGUUCCCCUUUCUUAUUUAGAUACUGUCUGUUUGUGUAGUAAUGUGGAUUUGCUUUUCAUUUUCAUCCGUUCAGGAGCGAGUAGUGAACUGUCAUGUGGAUGACAGGGGGAGUGUGCAAACAUGGACACAAGUGAAGACAUGAUACACAAGCCUCCUAAUCUCAGUGUUGCUCUACAAUGCUGUGGUUCAUAGGUUAAGUGUAAGAUUGGAGAAACAGGGUAAUGGCUAGCUCAUAUGAACGGGCCCAUCAAGGGUGGAAGGUGCCCUGCUAGGUCCGCAUUGAGUCUCAUGUAUGAAAUGGCCUUUUUAUAUGCUAUGAUCAACUGGUCAUGGGUCACCUCUCUCGCUUUCGUCCAAGCGCAAUCUCACUUCCUGUUCCCCUUCUCCCAUGGCCUGCAAUGGCAAAAAGUUACCAAAGGAAACACAGCAGAUAGCCAUCUUAGGCAGCGGGGGCAGGGGAUAUGGGCAUAAUGAUUAUCUGCUCUGAUGAUUUGAUGCUUCUUGUUGGGUCUUCUCAGAAUUGGGAACAAGUAGAAUAGGCACUGCAGUGUUUUAUAAGAAAUAAUCACUAGCCUAGUUUCAAAAUGAGAACUGUCUUUUGAGGUUGUGAUGUCUCACAGUAUUUCAUGUUCAUGCGCAAGGAACACUGGAGCACUAAAUGGCAGAGUCUCACUCGUACACACAAACACAUUCAGUUAUACGUGGGCAUGGUACGAAAUUCUGCGAUAUGCUGUCAACAUAAUCUACACAGAAGAUGAAAAAAAAAAAAAAACAGUUCCACUUUACAGAUUUUGGGGUACAUGUGCGACCCCUGGAGCCCUGUAGAUGUCAGUGUCUGGUGUUCAAAAGUUAGUGCACAUCAGUGUUAAAGAUUUUUAGAAUGAAUAGAAGUUGAGCUGUUGACCCAGACUCAUGCUGGCCUGAUGCACAGCAGGUCCUGGGACAGCUGAGUAGCCAGACCCAAGUGACACAACCACAGCUGUCUGAGACGUGCUGCUAGCUGUGCUGUCUGUGUGUCACAUGAACACAGUUGAGCAGUUGGACAACAUCAAGAGUCCCAAAGAGUUUGACCCCACUAUGAUUACAUGUAGUGAAUAAAUGAUAAUACAAUUAACAGGCACAUUGUCAGAUGUUUACAGUUAACUCAUUUGAAACUAUUUUAUUAGACUUUUUUAUAUGGAAUACAGUCUUAACAUUCAGUAGCUAGUGUGGUCUACUCAUACACAAGUUUACUGAUUUGUGACUGAAUGUCAGGACAUACUGUAUAAAGGCCUACAUAAAACAUUUUUCUGGUGUUCUAUUAACAGGUUAACUUGUUUUAUUUAAACUAGAGAUAGAUAGAUCAAUACUUUAUAGAUCUCGAGGGAAAUUCAGUACCCUUUCUCAUCAGUACAUAAAAACACAACUAAGCAUGCAUUAAACUAUGGUAGCUUGUAUCUCUGUACAGAAUGAAUAAGCAUUUUUCCCACCCUAAUUCCCUUUUGUAGCUAUUUUUAAUGUCGUUUAGUGUGUAGACAGCGUUAGUUAUUUAGAAAUAUGUUGCACCUCUCUCGGUAAAUUGCUUAUCUGUACCUUCCCAUGGUGAGAGUCUGAUUCACAAACCUGUCUAAACAGGUAGACGCUCAUCAGUGAAUAUUACAAGAAGCAGCAAAUUAAAUUCUUAGAAAAACCAAGUCAGUGUGCAACACACAAACACACACACACACACACAAACAAACUUAGCUUCAACUUAACUCUCCUUCACAUUGUGUUUGUAGUUUGGCAGAAUGUUUCUAGAACGUGUUAUGUCACGGGAUUACGGUCACAGGAGACAACAAAGGUGGGUGUGACCGACUGACUGUGCCUUGUCAUGCUGAAGGUAAAUUUUGUGGAAAUCUGGAGGGUGUGUCAGUACUGUGAACGUGCUUGUGUGCACGUGUCUGUCACUGCCGCUCCAACACACAAAGGAUUGGGCAGGGAGCUUGUUCGCUUUGGUCUUGCUAACGGCAACAGAGUCUGAGAGUGAAACUGAAAAUGAAAUUUGUUGUUCAUUUUGCUCAAAUUAUCACUCUGCAAUGAUAAAUCCUAAUGAUUUUGUGUGGCGCAGUUUGACCUUUCCCCGAGUUUCAGCAGUAGCAGUUUUUCAUAAAAUUUAAAAAUUACUGUUUUGGUGGAUUGUGAUAACCUUUGCAGCUUCUGGUCUGCUGUAAAUACCUAAAGUGAAAUUUGUGCACUUUAUGUUGAGCUCAGCACUUGUGCGGCUUGCCGAGCAAGUUAGGCUGUUCAGUGAAGGAGUAGAGAGAAGGAGUGCUCCAGGCGACACCACGAGAGAUCCCAUAAUCUGAAAAUAGUGUUGUCCUUCCUGGGUUCAAGUUAUUUUACCAGCAACUGGAGAUGCUCACAUACUUCCACACACCAGUGUCUGACAUAUCACAGUCACACAUAAAAAACUAGAUAGAUACUUCCUAAGGAUCCUUUUAGAUGUCAAAUGCUGGCAUGAAGAUGCCUGUGUAGCUGCCUCUGUCUCACUUCCAGAGACCUCAUGAAUAGACGGUAUGCGUGUGACGUUAUCGUAUACAGACGUUACCAUGGUUACUGCACCUUGUGUGAAUGAUUUUCAGAUAUGUAAUGAUGUCAGUUACCAGCAUCUGCUAUCAAACUGUGCUGGUUGGGGUUCCUAGCCCUUAUAUGUGUUUAUGAACACGUACGUACAUAUUAAUGUGUAUUUCUAGCCACAAUUUGACUGCCACGGAGCACUGUUUACGCCGUGCUUCAUAAAGACUGUUGCCAGUUCGGGACACAAGCAGACAUAGCAGAUUUGUAUUGCCGCCAAGUGCUGGUGAGGGUGAUUGUAGAACGUCUCAAAGUGACGUCAGCACAUACAGUUUAGCAACUCGUUAGCCUAAUUCAUUAUAGCUGCUCCUGGAAGGACAUCCCCUGUCUCGUAUGCCCAGCCUCUGCUCCAACUCUAACCGCAUCUCACUGACACAGUUUGUAAUGGCAAUCAAACACUCUGAAGAGUUAAUUAAAUAUAGCUUGCCCUUCAGUUUUUCCUUUGGACUUGGUGUUCAUUUGGGUGGCACAUUCGUGCCAAUAUUACAGGCGGCUUUGCUUUAUUGUUGCCUAUCGCAUUGUACUGUAUGACUUGGCAUUAAAUGCGUUGUAUGGGUCACCAGUCUUAUCUUAUGGCCUAUGCAACAAUAUCACAGCAUUUACUUUAAGCCAGAUGAGUGAUUAACAGCCAGUCACGAGGUGUUCCUGUAGUUUGUCAUGUUGGUUUAAAAAAUAGGCUAUGACUUCCACUGCAGCAGUGAAGUCUCCUCUGGUGAAUCAUGUCUUUAUCCUGACUGUGUCUCUUACUGGUGCACCCUAUACUGAAACUGAUUUGGAUGCAGAGUAAUGCCCUAAAAUAGGCCAGCCUGGCUCACAAUAGGCUGCCAUUAAUAAAUAAGACUGUCAACAGCUACGGAGAGGAAAUCAGACCAGCAACUGACUGUUACAUGAGGUGUCAUUUAACAGGUGUCGUGUCACUGUUGAAGCAAUCCCAGUUUGUUCUCCUUCUUAUCUUCUUGUCUUCUCUUUAGGGAGAUCUCUGCAUCUUUUUAAAACACAUUUUCUGUGUCUUUGCAAGCUUUUGGGCUUUAGGUGUACAUUUGCAUUAAAUAAGUUUGAUGUCAUGUGUAAUUUACAAUCACGAUCCUGCAUAUUUUCACGGGCUGUAGUGGUUUUAUUGUGCUGUGCUAUUUUCCAACCCAGUCUUCAGGUUUAUACAGAAUUAUGUUGAAAGUUGUUCCCUUUGAUUUCCUGUAAUUCAAUAGCAGUGGGUAAAAAUAUUUGUGGGGGCACAGGGCAGCAGAAACAUUAGAAGCAUAGCUGCAGCAGGAAGUAGUCUUUGAGUAAAGUACCCAAGGCAGAUUUAACAGUUUACCAGGUCUUCAGUCUAAGAUGCAGCUUAGAGGGCUUCCAUGUUGUUGUUUUAUCCAGUGCAGUAAACAAGAGUGAGAUAUUAAUAAUUUAGAUAUUAAUUUGGCUGGAACUCAUGAGGUGCAGUUAACUAACAGCUGAGAUAAGCUGAGGUUAUAAAGCAGGUCAGCAAUGAAAGCUCUGUUGUAUGAAGUUGAAGCUCCCUAAAGGGACAAAUCUCUGGGAUUGCUCUAGUUUCAAAGGUCGUAUGUUUGGGUCAUGUCUCCAAACAGAACCACUGACCUCCUCUGACUUAAAGCUGAGAUCAGCCUGGAGAGGAAUGUAGGUUGUCACCAGAGCUAUUUUGGCAAUGUACAGCCGCUAAUGAUUGUGAUCACAGAGCAGAGCUCGGAGCAGUUGCUUUGCUUUCCUUUUUUCCUACCAGCAAGUUUGAUCAUGCAGCUCUCACCAGCCCUGCAGGGAUUAGAGAGUUAAACGAAUGGCACGUCGGCUGCGCUUGCAUUUUGCGUCAAGGAGAAGCAACACGGACCCUCUGUCAGAAAGCCUCAGCAGCCAUGGUGAGGAGAGUGGAGUCAGUGUGCCAGCUCAUAGCCCCACAGAGAUUCUGGCGCACAGCUCUGUCCACUUGAAGGUGACUCCUCUGUCACCAGACUAUGGUAAUUUACAGCGAUACUCUUCAGUAUUCAUACCCAGGGUUAACACUGGAGGAUGUAAUAAGAAGAGCAUUCUGCAGAUCUCGCUGCAGCCCUGUGGGAAGGGCAGUGGAGAGCUGGAUGGCAGUAUAGAGGAUGGAGACCCAGGGGGCAGCGAAGGAGGAGCAGGUAGUGGUUCUGACGGAGGCUCGUGCAGCAGCAGCAUGGCCAGCGAUGCUGGGUACUGUAGCAGUAACAGCAUCUUUGAGCCAGAGGCUACAGAAAAGCACCGGACCACCCAGGAGAGGAGUCUACUCUGCCGCCAGUCCAAGGUCCCACUGAGACGGUGCUCGUCCUUGGUUAUAUUUCCAAAGAGCCCCUGCAGCACUCCACCGGCUUCUCCAGUCAGUCCCGUGGCUCUACCGGCUCUUCCAUCAGUGAGGGGGUCUCAUCAGUCAUUUCUUCAGACAUCUUCCAAUGAAUUUACACAAGAUGAUGAGGAAUUAAAUUGCAAAGGGUCCACCCCCACUGCAGCAAGUGGCCGUCGUCUCCCUAAAGGAGGCUGUUCAGCCGAGUCCAGAGACACCAAACAUAUGGUGCAGUUUAAUAUUCCUCUACAGGAUGAACCAAAAAGCAAAAUGGAAGACAGGAGUAAAAUAAUAGAACUGUCAUCAGCUACAGACAGGUCGAAUCGUCACUCUAGCUGCUUGCUGCUGCACUUUGCCCACCAGAGACCAAUGAUAUCCGGGAAGGGAGCUACAACCACAGCCACAGUCAAUGUGGGAUAUCCUGAGGCUCCUAACCCAGCCGCACACCAUGAGGGUGAACAUGACCCUCACAAAAAACUCUAUCGUAGUACCUCUGCUUGUUUGUUCUCCUCCACUAAACCGUCAGAGAAAAAUCAAAAGGUCUGUUCUUCAGAAAAGGGCCAGGAAAUGUCUGAGGAAAACUAUUGUCACCGUGCUAUACAAAGGAGCUUUUCCCUGGAGGUUCCCUAUGCUAACACUGGAAUUUCAUGUCACGUUUCAAAUCCAAAACUCAGUAGCCCUUGCUCCCCACAUGUGCACAUUCAUUUGUCUCCUUGCGUCCCAGCUAAGUUGCCUAGCUCUGUUAGUGAUGUAAACACAAGCCACAAAGGGAAUAAUACAACACCAAAGAACCCAGGUCAAAACGCCAAGACACGUGAUGACUUUCUGGGACAGGUGGACGUCCCCUUGAAUCAGAUCCCGACAGAAAAUCCUAAUUCAGAAAGGCCAUACACAUUCAAGGAUUUUCUGCUUCACCCACGAAGCCACAAGUCCAGAGUCAAAGGUCAUCUGCGCCUCAAAAUGACUUACCUGCCAAAAAACCCAGACUCAGAGGAGGAAACGGCAGAUCAGACUGAGGAUCCUGGUUGGGAGUUUCUGGAGUCUCAGGACAUGUCAGGUCCCAGACAAAGCCAGCUUCUGCCUGCUCUGCCCCCUGGCUGGGAGGAGAGGCAGGACAACCUGGGAAGAACCUACUAUGUCAAUCAUGAGAGCAGAACCACACAGUGGCAACGUCCCACAAUGCAGGACAGUGAUGUGGAGAUGCAAAGAAGACAAAACAAUAAUACAGAGGUAGAGCAGGCUUUUAUUACUCGCAGACAGAUCUCGGACCAUGAUGAGAACAACACGAGAGAGUCUCCCGAGAGCUGGGAGAUCAUUGCAGAGGACGAGUCCACCUUGUAUCACCGCAACAACCAGUUCACACCGUCUUCGCCCUGCAUGCCUGUGACUGAGUUCCCCUCGCUCUCUGAUGAUCUGAGAAACGUUCACGUUUCAGGGGCCACAGCAAGCGAGCCGCACACCUCCCAUAGAAAUCAAGCUACUGUUUCAAGCCAUUCCAGUCUCAGAGGAAGUACCCGCUCUUCAACAGGCGAGGAGCAUCCUGUUAAUCCUGUGCUGCUUCCAACCUCAGCUGGGCUGCCACCAGGCUGGGAGGAGAAGCGAGACAAUAAAGGACGACGCUACUAUGUGAACCACACCAGCCGAACCACUUCAUGGGCACGACCCACGCUGCAGAAAACCUCAGAGGUCCCAGCAGCAGAAGCAGCAGCAUCAACAGCAUCAGCAGCUCAGAGUGCUGCAGGUUUACCUCAGAGCUCCUCUCUGUCCCAACCAUCUGCCUCCCCUGAGGAGUCUCCUCAGCACACUCCAAACACUGAGCCCACAUUUGAAUCUGGCUUCCUGCCAACUGGUUGGGAGGUUCGCAGUGCUCCCAGUGGUAGACCCUUUUUCAUCGACCACAAUACAAAGACUACGACCUGGGAAGAUCCCAGGCUAAGGAUUCCUGUGCAGCAGAGAAGGAGAGUGUCACUUGACCCAGCUGACCUCGGCCCUCUGCCACCUGGAUGGGAGGAGAGGGUCCAUACUGAUGGGAGGAUAUUCUACAUAGAUCACAACACCAGGACCACGCAAUGGGAAGAUCCCAGAUUACAAAGCUCAGCUAUAACUGGACCAGCAGUGCCUUAUUCCAGAGAUUAUAAACAGAAGUAUGACUACUUCCGGAAAAAGCUGAAGAAGCCGGCUGACAUCCCAAACCGUUUUGAGAUGAAGUUGAGAAGAAAUGCCGUGCUGGAGGAUUCAUAUCGACGCAUCCUCUCAGUUAAGAGGGCAGACCUGCUGAAGGCACGACUGUGGGUGGAGUUUGAGGGAGAAAAGGGACUGGACUAUGGUGGUGUGGCCAGAGAGUGGUUCUUCCUCAUGUCUAAGGAAAUGUUCAACCCAUACUAUGGACUGUUUGAGUAUUCUGCCACGGACAACUACACACUGCAGAUUAACCCUAACUCAGGUUUAUGUAACGAGGACCACCUGUCCUACUUCAAGUUCAUUGGCCGUGUGGCAGGCAUGGCCGUGUACCAUGGCAAACUGCUUGAUGCUUUCUUCAUUCGGCCUUUCUACAAGAUGAUGCUGCAGAAGUCGAUCAUUCUCCAGGACAUGGAGUCCGUUGACAGUGAAUAUUUCAACUCCUUGAUGUGGAUUUUGGAGAACGACCCAACAGACUUGGAUCUGAGAUUCACCAUUGAUGAAGAGCUGUUUGGACAGACUCACCAGCAUGAACUGAAGCCAGGUGGUGCAGAGAUUGUCGUCACCAAUGAAAACAAGAAGGAAUACAUCCAUCUGGUGAUGCAGUGGAGGUUUGUGAACAGGAUACAGAAGCAGAUGACUGCCUUCAAAGAGGGAUUCUUUGAGUUGAUACCACAAGAUCUGAUCAAGAUCUUUGAUGAGAAUGAGCUUGAGCUGCUCAUGUGCGGUCUUGGAGAUGUGGACGUCAAUGAUUGGAGAGAGAACACCAAAUACAAGAAUGGCUACUGCUCCAACCAUGUCGUUAUCCAGUGGUUUUGGAAAACGGUGCUAUUGAUGGAUGCAGAAAAGCGAAUUCGCCUCUUGCAGUUUGUGACAGGAACGUCAAGGGUCCCAAUGAAUGGCUUUGCUGAACUCUAUGGGUCUAAUGGACCACAGCUGUUCACCAUUGAGCAGUGGGGAACACGUGAUAAACUCCCUCGAGCCCACACAUGCUUUAAUCGACUGGACCUGCCUCCUUAUGAGUCUUUUGAGGAACUGAGGGAGAAACUUCACAUCGCCAUCGAGAACGCACAAGGCUUUGACGGGGUGGAUUAGUGCCUCUGCUGAAAUGAUCUGGACUGACAUUACUUCCGUUAUGUGGAAACAAGCUGUGCGUCAGACUCUGGUCUUAACCUGCUAGUUGUGUGACAGAUGAAGGACAGUCACACAAUGGACAGAAUGGACAAGAAAUCUGAAUUGAGGGCGGUAUUUAAUCUCUCUGCAUGUUCUCAAGUUUACAAAGCAAAUAUGCAAAGCUAUAUACUGUAUAAUCAAAACAAAAUCAAAACUUUUUCAUUUGGGCUGAAUUCUUCUCCCUUUAAAAAUGUUCCUCGCUUCAGGUGCUUGUGAGAUAUCUUCACAGAGUAGCAAAUGAAUUUAGUUUGGUUUCCCAGAACUUUUCAUUUCCUUGCAUUUUAGGUCUGGAAUGAGUGGACCAUGGGUCAGAAGCCCACUGUGACAUCCCAAAUCCCUUUAAACAUGGCCCAACUGGAUCAGUAUUAGAAUAAAGUUAAAAAGUUUUAUUAAAAAAAUUCAAAGUUGAAGACAACAACGUGUAAGAAGCGAAACCUGGAUAUUAGAAAUUCAGCCUAAAUAAAACAGCUGUGAAGAUAAUUUCUUUCUUUAAUUAUUCUUUCCUAUCAUUUAAAUUCUACACAUGAUCAUACAUUUUUCAUUCCAUCAUACUAAAAACACUGAUGCAAAUCCCAAACAUAUAUGCACCUCCAUACCAUUUGUAGCACAAAAUUUGCAGUCUAUAUGCAAGUUUGAGAGGCUACUCUUAAAGCAAGCAUGUCAUUUAAUCAUUAUAGUAGUGAUGUAUCAAUACCAGGACCAGUAACAGGCUGAACUAAUUACACAUUAGUUUGUAUUUGUGUAAUCCACAGAUCCAAGGACGUGACUGCAUUGUUAGAUUGUGCUGAAAUAAUAUGCAGAAUUGUACAUAUUGAGAUGAGAUAAUUGAAUAGCAUUUGAUUUCAUUUCAUUUUUCAGUACGUAUUCAAUAUAUACUGUACAAAUAUACUGUACAUACAAAUAGGACUUUACCUUCUACAAAAUGAUAAAGCAUUUAUUAAAACUGUUAAAAGUAAUAUUGACAAAUUGGUUAUUGGUGCACCUCGACAUUAUAUGUACUUUUUUGUUUCAUUUAUGAUGAGUAGCCACUCAUACACUUGACUGUGUAUCAGAGGAGUAACAGUCUCGAUUUCAUAAAAAGGUCUGUACGCUGUCUAAAACAUAAAUAGAACAGAAUAUGCCAAUCCUUUUUGACUUAAUUGACUCAAUUAAAAACAGUACAAAGACAAUAUAUUUGAUGUUUGAAUUUAAUUCCAGCAACACAAACACGUUGGGACAGGGACAAGAAAAGACUGGGAGAGUUUUGUGCUGCUCAGAAAACACCGGUUUGUAACGUCCCACGUGUAUGCAGGUUCACUGGUAACAAAAGGAGCAUCUUCUGGAGGCGAGGGUGCUGCGAGGUUCGACACUUUGUCAAACGCAUGAUUGUAUAAAGGAUAUUACUACACGGACUUUGUUUGUUUUUGGGUUUUUUAUGCUUUGUACAGAAUCGACAGAAUGAUCGCGUUCUGUUUUUAUUUACAUUUUAGACAGCGUCCAAACUUUUUUUGAACCAGGGUUAUAUUGAAAUGUAUAUACAUAUUAUAUCUCAUGGCCAGUAGCUCUUAGAAACUUUAUCUGAUAGACUGGCCUUAUCAUAUAAUUUUGCGUAGUUGAUUAAAUAUUAGAAUUUGUUGCCUUUUAUCAAUGAGUGAUAAUGUUUUGUUCUACUCAUCAUGGGUGUCUAAUUGCAGCACAGUGCUCUAUUUUUAAGAGUACAACUUUAAAAUUUGUUUUGUUGACAAAAUGUGUACAGAUUAAUGUCCAUUCAAAAAUGAGUAAUCACUUGUUAUACCUUUGUAGGAAAGUAACUGUACUUAAGCAGUUAGUUUUAACGUUUUCUCAAUGGUAAAACGUGUUUACACUACCUGCCAUGUUUACAGGUUGUUGACAAAGGAAGAUGUCGUGUGCUGGUUCUUGUCUCUGACAACACAAUUUUAUACUUAUGCUUUUAUAAAGUGAAGCACUUUGUUAAUAUUGAUGAGUCUUACUUCUGAACUGUUUGAAUCUUUGCCGAUCUGUCACCUGCAGACUGCUUAAAUCGCUCUUUAAGAAAAGUGAUCCUAUGCUUCAAGUGCACAUGUGUUUAAAUGUUUACAUGUGAACAUUGGUGAAAAUAAGCACAUUCUCUUCUUUCACUUCUAUUUAAAAUGAAAUACAGAGGCCUUCUUUUGUAAUGUAUUGUAGACUUUGAUUGUUUAUUGAUGUUCUAAUCUCAAUGGAAGUACUGUUAUAUACCUAUUGUUGUCUACUGAAGAAUAAUUAAUUAUGAUGUAUCAAAUUUUGUCACAUAGAAUUUAAUUAUAACACCAAUAAGUGCAUUACAACAACAAAACAACAUGCAUGCAACAUAUAUACAACAGUGUGUGUGUGUGUUUGUGUGUAUAUACUGUAUAUAUACAUGCACACAAAAGGGUGGAAUGAACUCUAGCUGUUAAAUCCCAAUUUUAUCACCUAUAGUGCACCAAGUUAAAUAUAUUUGAAAAAUAAAGAAAUAUCAAAACAAUCA